AUGGGGACCCUCAAAGAUUCAGAACUGUUUACACAGAAGCAGAACACAGGAAUCCUCACAAACCCUCUCCCCUGUGUCCUCCCAGCUCUGGCCACCUCCCCUGAAGGCACCCCUGGCCUUUCCUUGGAUGGAUCUGAGCACAGGAACCACAGCUCCUCGUCCUCCCUGGAUGCUGCUUGCCCCGAGCCCCUGCUCCUCCUGCAGUGUGGGCUUCUGGCAGUCAAGGGACUGCUGCUGUCUGCGCUGUGUGUGGUUCUGUGCUGCAGGUGCUGCUGUAGGGAUCCCAAGGACACCGCAGUGAUGGAUGUGAUGGAGAUUUCUGAUUAUAUAAGCUUCAUCCGUGUCCCAGAGCACUUGGAUUCAUUCCACCUUGUCCCUGGAUGCAGGAACAACACCUAUUCUCCUGCCCCUGAUGACUGAUGGUCGCAGCUCUGUGAGCAGAAGCCAGUGCUCAGAUCGGGGGAGACAACUCCCAGCCCCCGUCAUCAGCGAUAACGAGCACCCUGAGACCCACUCAUCCUGAAGAGAGUGUUCCAAGCUCCGCUGCCACUGCCUGCCCAGCUCUGCCCACACUGACCCCGUGUGGGACCAUCCAUGCUGGGGUCACCCAGCUCAGCAGCUUCCCCCGCUGCACGCGUGCUCCUUGCGUCCCAGGGAUAGGGCAUCCUUCCACCUGCCUCGGUUGGGCUCCAGGAUGCCUGCUGUUGCUCAACUCUGCAAUACUGCACCUCUGUGUGUUUGCUCUUGUGUUUAGGCUCAAGUGAUGGACUGAACUUUGUCACAGGCAACUGGGCAAGAUCUGUGAGCGGAUGCCCUGGGCCUCCUGUCCUUCUCUUCAGACAACUUCAUCUGAGAUAAAAAGGGCUUUAAA